AUGCCGGUGCCUAACAACAACGCAGCGUUUGCAAGGAAGGGGUCAAACGUUCAGAAGGUACCUGGAGCAAAGUCAGCGAAAGCUGCCACUAAGAAAAAGGAUGAGGAAGAGGCUGUGGAGACGGGGACUGGAUGGGAGGAGUGGUCUCAGGGGAAAGCCCUUGUGAGGCCUCCAGAUCAGAUGGAGCUUACUGAGGCUGAGCUGAAGGAGGAGAUCACAAGGAUUUUGACUGCAAACAACCCACACGCCCCUCAAAAUAUUGUCCGCUACAGCUUCAAGGAGCGUUCCUACAAGCCUAUCAAUGUUGUGGAUCAGAUGGCGGUUCACUUUGUUUUAGAGGGCAGCCUUGUGCAUCAAGACUCUGAAGAGGCUCGUAAACUUAGGGUCAAGGAAGGCUUAGCUCAAGAGAUUGCAACAGUUGAUGCCACAGCAGAGUCUGAAGAGGAGAAACCAGAAACCUCGGUUAAUCCUGUAGUGGAUGGAGGGGACGUGGAGGAAGCUGGCGAUGAGGACAGACCAGACAGUGCUGCCUCCAGAAUCAACAAGAAAGAGCCAAAAGUGACUAACCAGUUUAACUUCAGUGAUCGAGCCUCUCAGACUCUCAAUAAUCCAAUGAGGGAUAGAAUCUGCCAGACUGAACCUCCUCCACGAAGCAGCUUCUCUGCUACUGCUAAUCAGUGGGAGAUCUAUGAUGCAUACGUGCAGGAGCUGCAGAAACAAGAGAAAAACAAAGAGAAGCAGAAAGGCACGCACUCACAAAAAGAUAAUGGCAAAAGCAAAAAGGUGAUGCUGAUGGAGACUCAGAGUGAAGAUGUCACCAAAUGGACCAUGGCAUCAAAGAUCCUUGAACGAACAAUCAGUCAGAAUACAUUUGAUGACAUAGCACAAGAUUUUAAAUACUUUGAGGAUGCCUCUGAUGAGUUUAGGGAGCAGGAGGGAACCCUUCUCCCCUUGUGGAAGUUUCAAUAUGACAAAGCCAAGACACUGUCUGUCACUGCCCUCUGCUGGAAUAAUAAAUAUCAGGACCUUUUUGCUGUGGGAUUGGGAUCAUACAACUUCAGUAGACAGGGAUGUGGCAUGCUUCUCUUCUACUCACUGAAAAACCCUGCCUUCCCAGAGUACAUCUACCCCACCAGUUCUGGUGUCAUGUGCCUUGACAUUCAUGUACAGCAUUCCCACCUGGUGGCAGUGGGCUUCUACGAUGGCUGUGUGGCUGUCUACAGCUUGAAGGAGGAGGGACAGGAGCCUGUUUACAAGAGUACAGCCAAGACUGGCAAGCACACAGAUCCUGUCUGGCAGGUCCGCUGGCAGAGUGAUGAUAUGGACAGCAACCACAAUUUCUAUUCUGUGUCGUCUGAUGGCCGAGUUGUGUCCUGGACACUGGUCAAGAAUGAGCUGGUUUUCACAGACAUCAUCAGACUGACACUGUAUGAUGCAGUUUCUGAGGGCCCAGAAGGUGCACAGGCUCCCAGCAUUGCGUCUGGUACGUCAUUCGACUUCCACAAACAGAUUGACUACAUGUUCCUAGUUGGAACAGAGGAGGGAAAAAUACACAAGUGCUCUAAGACUUACUCAAGCCAGUUUCUGGAGACUUACGAUGCCCACAGCAUGGCGGUGGAUACCGUAAAAUGGAACUACUUCCAUCCAAAGGUUUUCGUCUCUUGUAGUUCAGACUGGACUGUCAAAAUCUGGGACCAUACCAUCAACACUCCAAUGUUCGUCUUUGACCUACAUGCAGCGGUUGGGGAUGUUGCCUGGUCUCCGUACUCGUCCACUGUAUUUGCUGCUGUAACAACAGAUGGAACAGUUCAUGUUUUUGACCUGAGCGUCAACAAAUACGAGGCGAUCUGUCAGCAGCUGGUGGUGGACAAAAAGAAGACCAAGCUGACCCACGUCAAGUUUAAUCCCAUCCAUCCUGUCAUCAUAGUGGGUGAUGACCGAGGCUAUGUCACCAGCUUCAAACUCUCUCCCAACCUCCGCAAGAAGCCGAAGGCCAAGAAAGGUCAUGAGCUGCCUAAGGGACCAGAAGUGGAGGUAGCGAAGAUGGAGAAGCUCCUCAGCCUGCUAAGAGAACCAGACCAAAACUCAGGUUAAGGUGGUCACCUUGGCUUCUAAGCCAAACACAAAUAGAGUGUUUCAUUGCCGUUCAUGAAAAACACUUAUUUUGUUCACACUAUUCAGUAAACAUCACAUGACAACAAACCGAUAUGUAUAUGUUUAUUAAAAUGUGUUCUUAAGUUAAGAUGUCCAUCAUUUAUUCAUAAUCACAUCAUAUUUGUUGUUGAAAUUGCUGUUCUUGGUGCACAUUAACCAGGCAUUAUGAUUUGUCUGACCUCCUCUGUAGGCAUGUAUAAAGCUCAUUUCAUAUGUAUGGUACAAGUUAAUUAAGCUGAAUAGCAAGGGGGAAAGUCACAGCAUUGGACAGGGAGAUAAAUUACCCUACUAGACUGGGCACUUGUGGAGCACAUCCAAACAACUGGCACACAUUGUCCUGGGCACCGUUCCAGGGAUGGUAGCCUUUUAAUAUUCCAUCUACUGAAUGGUAUCUGCCUUUAUUUUUUGUUUUCAUUCCUCUCAUUCUUAAUGAUCUGCAGUAAAGUGCCGCCCAGUGCUCUAAUGCUCACCUGGAAUAACAUUUUGCUCUUUGUCUCCCAAGCUCUUUUUCUUUCUGUCUUUCUGCCACAGAGAGUUCCUUUAUCCUUUGGGUCUAGAUGUGAUCACAUCCAGCAAUUUCUCCCUUAUGUGUAAUUCAUUACAUUACAAUUUCUCCAAGUGUGGUUGGAGAACGCUGCCUGAUCAUCUCAUGUUUGCAGAUGUGUAAUAAAUGAGAGUGCCCGUGUUGUAGUAAUGAGAAUGUGGCUGCAGUUAUACAGUUAUGUUGUUAUUGCAGUAAUAGGAAGCAUAAAGGGUGGAAGCUUGGCUAAAGCACUGCCAGGUUUGCUUAUUUUCAGCUUUCUGGGUUCUUGCAGCUGCGUGUAUAACACAUGAGGAUUAUAUGGAAGUGUGGUCAAGCCUUUAGGGAGAGCACUUCUACUACAAAGGUCAUAAAUUCACUGAAUCUUCGCUAGCAUGUCCGGAAAAUAAUUUCACCCUUAGGCCACUGUCUUUUAUGAAUCAUUAUUACAUGAUAUUCAGCAAGUUUCUGGAUUAUGUGGUAAUUAAUUGUUGAUCAGUUAAUCAGUGAUUCAGUCAACCUCUAUAUAUUUAUGUAUUUAUAUAAUAUCUCAUAUAUUUUUAAAGAUAUCAACUUCUUUAUUUUCUGACUUUUUCUAAACUUGAUCCAUUUACUCAUAUUGUGUUUCAUAUUAUGCUUUGCAUUCUACUCUGUGGAAGCUAUUGAUGAAAAGGAGUCUAUUAGCAGUAGGUAUAUUUUCACGCAUGGAGUAGGAAUAUAUUUUGAGAACCUUUUCUUUCUUACUCCUUUUUGAUGUACGUGUGAUCUCAGCUGUGAUAGUGGAGAAGUGGUUGAGUCUUAAUAAUUUGCAAUGGGAUGUUGGUAAAACUGUGUGAUUCUGUCCAAAGCGAGCUGCCUGUCACACAUGGCUGCAGGCAAAUGUCACUAUGAGGGCCGCUAUUGAAGAGGACACACAUUUCAACUAAGCAUCGCUAGUUCUUAUGCAACACCCUUAGCAAAAGCACUGUGCCUCACAGUCCACUGAUAUUUAUGAGUGACAGCGACACACACAGACUCCACACGGGCUCAAGUCCCUGUUCUGAGUAACAGACUGUUUCUCUUUUUUUUCAGGCCAACAUAUGAAAUAAGAGGAUAUAUAUUUAGAAACCUCCAACAAGUACUAGUCAUUCUUCAUAUACUGAACACUCCUUUCUCUCAGUCUGUACGUAACCUGCAGACAUCCUUGUGACCAUGUGUUCCUCUCGAGGCUUUUUGUGUGUGCGUUAAACAUAGAUUCGCACUGGCACUCCCCCGUGUGUUUUGUCAAACCAGUUACCAGAUUUGACAAGUGAUCGCUGUUUAAAAAUAGUUCUCUCACUCCACAACAACUCAUCCUUUCUGUUUUUGUGAGGCAUUUCUGAUAUUAGAGCGACAGCUGAUUUUUUAUUAUUUUUUUUUUGGACACUAGGAGAGGACAAGCUUCGUUAUUGCUUGCAGUCAGGCUCAGUGCUCCUUCAGUUCCCUCUCCUGUGGAGGAGUACACUGAGGUCAUAGCUUGUUGCUACAUUUGACUCAUUCUUCAUCAGU